UAAAUCGAAAGUAGGAAAAGUGGGCGCCAAACCAAAAGAUGGCUUCCGAACCUUUGAGUGCAGAAUAUGCCAAAUCGGGGAAAGCAGGUUGUAAAGGAUGCGGAAAAUCCAUCAACAAGGGUGAACUUCGUGUAGGAUUUGUGGGCAAAGCGAACUUCGGUGCUACUGCGUGGUACCACUACGACUGCAUCUGGAAAGACGUGGAAAACCUUAAAUCUGUCGACGCCACAAAGACUGCGAAGCUUCUGGUCCAAAAUUAUGAUGAAUUAAAGGACGACGACAAGAAGAGGCUGAAUGAUGAUUUGCCAAAAUUCUGCAAAGAGGCCGCCGAGAAAGCGAGCAAGGCGGAACCAAAAGUCAAGACUGAUAUGGCAGCAGAAUAUGCCCCGUCUGCGAAAUCGAAUUGUAAAGGAUGUUCGAAAGCAAUUGAGAAAGGCGCGCUUCGUGUUGGGUUCCCAGGAAAAGCCAAUUUUGGAGCUACGGCGUGGUACCAUUACGACUGCAUAUGGAAUGAAACGUCAUAUUUGGCACCGAUAGAUACUUCUAAAAGUUUGGAAAAAGUCGUGGAUGGAUUCAAAAAUCUGAAAAAGGAAGAUCAAACAAAACUGCAAAAAGAUCUGAAGAAAAACUGCGAAACGGCAGUGAAGAAAGAAUCUGAGCCUAAACCCCCAUCUCUGAAAAUGGCUGCAGAGUAUGCAAAAUCCGACAAAUCAGAAUGCAAAGGAUGUUCCAGCAAAAUCAACAAAAAUACCCUGAGGGUGGGUUUUACUGGGAAGGCAAAUUUUGGCGCCGUGGCAUGGUAUCACUUAAAUUGUCUGAAGAAAUGUCAGAAGGAGUACUUAGAAGGCAUCAAAGCAGGCGAGCCAAUAAAAGGUGUCGUGGAUGGUUUCGACAAACUGAAUAAAGAUGACCAAAAGAACGUAGAGAGCGAAGUAAAGGCAUUAUUGCCAGGAGCACCAAAACGAAAGUCAGAGGGUGGUGAAAAAUCCGUUCCUGCAAAAAAGGGCAAAAAAUAGAGGAGUGUUGACUUUUUAUCAAAGAUAUCUCCUCUUUAUAUCAUUGUAAAACUCUGUUCACAUGCGUGCAAUAACGAAGACUGUUUUUGAAAUAAAAUAAACAAGUAGAA